AAGAUCCAGGGCAGGGCUGGAGCCAUGACAAUGGCUUUAUACUUUGCCGUACUUAGUUUUUCUUUAACAGUAGCUGUUCUUCAAACACAGCCUGUUACAGACUCUUCGUACAUUGCUGCUGUGUACGAACACAUUUUAAUCCAAAACCCAGAGCCUCACAUCCCACUGCCCCGGUCUGCUGCCCUCCAACACAUGAAGAAAAACUUGGAAAUCUAUGAGGAGCAGGCUGCGGAGGCCGCCCAGCAGGGGGCCCAGAUCCUGGUCUUUCCUGAAAAUGGCAUCCAUGGUUACUACUUCACUCGUUCAUCCAUCUACAACUACCUCGAGACAAUUCCUGACCCCCAGCAAGAGAGCUGGAACCCCUGCACUGAUCCUGGAAAACACAAAAACACUGAGGUUCUCCAGAGGUUGAGCUGUAUGGCCCGUCAUAACAACCUCUACCUGGUGGCCAACAUGCCCAACCUGCAGCCCUGUCCUCUGAGUACUGACCCCUCCUCUGCCUGUCCCUCUGAUGGACGCUGGCAGUUCAACACUAAUGUGGUUUUCAGGUCAGAUGGCCUGCUGGUGGCACGCUACCAUAAAUACAACCUUUACUAUGAGGACUCCUUUGACACGCCACCACAGCCUGAGUUCAUCACAUUUGACACGCCUUUCGCUGGGAGGUUUGGCCUCAUUAUAUGCUUCGAUAUCCUCUUCCACAAUCCUACAGUUGCCCUGGUGGAGAAGGGUGUGCGGCAGCUCAUCUUCCCCACAGCCUGGAUGAGCGCACCCCCCCUUCUCCACUCGGUUCAGUUUCAUCGGGCGUUCAGCUUCAGUACCAAUGUCACCCUCCUAUCUGCCAACUUUCGUAAUGAUAGACUUAACAUGGGAGGAAGUGGCAUCUACACACCUUUUUUCUCUUCCUACCACCAUGCACAGAGAGGGAAGCCAGAGGAGGGCAAGCUGCUGGUGGCCAGGGUGCCAGUGUUAGACCCUGAGUGGUUGGAACAGAAUGAGGCCACACUGGAGGGGACAGCUGAGUCAGCAUUAGGUCCAGCUGCAGAGUCUGGAUUCUGUCAGACAGACAGCUGCUCUGAUGCUUCCUCAGUCCCUCCGUCCUCCAACACCUUCAUUUCAACCAUGAUGCAUGACCCAUUCACCUUUGUCCUCUUAAAUGAAAUGGAGGGUGACACCAAUGUGUGCAGUGGCUCCUUUUGCUGCCAUCUGCAGUACAAACGGUUUCCACAUGGUGGCAGCAAUGAGCUCUAUGCAUUGGGAGCAUUUUCUGGAUGGCACAGUAAAGGGAGACGCUACGCCCUGCAGAUUUGUGCACUCGUCCGUUGUGCAGGGUCAGACCCCAGCUCCUGUGGACAGAAAGUAGAAGAAGCUGAGACCAAGACGGACUUCCUGUUGGAGGGGAAGUUUGGGACCAAAUAUGUGUAUCCAUCAGUUUUGGCUAGCAGGAUGGCUGUGGAGGAUCCAGAGCAUUUUGAAAUAGCUGCAGAUGGAAGAGUGAGCAUGAAGCACUCCAACAUGACUGGUGGGCUGGUGACUGCAAGUCUGUAUGCACGGAUGUAUCAUCUGGACAAGGACUGAAUUAUAUCAGAAUGCUGCUUGUGACAGGAUAAUAUCAUGUUCUUUUAAGAAACAGCACAUUUUCUGACCAGGACCUUCACACAGUGUAAUUAAUAGAUAAAUUCCUGCAUUUAUUGUGUAAUUUCUUUCAAACAUUUAACCAAAAACAGCUCUUCUGGUAAGUUAAUGGCAAAAAAGCUAUUAGUCAUCAAUAUCUCUCUGCCCAGGGCACAAAUUCAUUGGGGAUGACAGUGACAAAAAUUAACAUAUUUUCUUAUGAAAAUGUAAAGAAAAAGUGGAUGGAUUUAUGAAUGAAAAUUCAACCUGCAAAAGUUUGUUUUGUAAUAGGAACUCCUGAGUGUAGUCACACCUGCUGCCUACUGCUUUAUUAACUUAAAGAGAUACUUUGAAAUUUUUACAGUAGAGUUUUUUAAGGUACUUGGCUUUAGUAGUCGUGGCAUUAUCCUCCAGUGCAGUGGUGUCUGCUCUGACAUCGUCAAACAGAUGUACAUAUUGCUGCCAUUGGGCCUAAACUUUGUACUACCAAAAUCGCCCCUUUUCAGGGAAUGAAGAGAAAACCUGUAUCUUUCAAUUCAUUUAACACUGAAUAAUAACAGAUUUUUUUUUUGGAAAAAUUUUAUUACUUUAAAAUUGGUUAAAGCCCCCUGACUUUUGUAAAGGGUGACUAAUAGCACUAACUUAUGAAAAAUAUCAAAAUAAUGAAAAAUGGUGAUACAAGGUUUUGGCCUGAUGCCAGCAAUAUAUUCUUCUUAUGUCAUGAUUACAAACAUAAUGUGUGACAGUGUAUUAGGUCCACUAAAUAGAUUUUUGAAAUAAG